AUGGAAUACGCCAGGGGUUCGCAUGAUGGUGUACUUGCUGAACAGCUUGCAAAGCUCACCAACGCCGAUGGAUCUCCUAACACAGCCCUCCGGCACGCCAACCUAGACAAUCUUGUCUCGAGACUCACGCCAUGGGAACUUCUAUAUCUCAGGCAACUGACAUCAAAGAGCACAAUCAAGCUUGCAGAGAUGCAUCAUCUUCCGGAAGAAGUUGUUGCUAUGAUAGCACAGUAUCUGCGCCUUGGCGAUGCACUUAAGUGCACUCAGGUUUCCAAAGCAUGGCGAGCAAAAUGGACGUCCGACACCGUCGCCAGGGAAAUCGCCCAAAUUUCCUUUCCUGGAUUAGUCGCUGCAUCUCCAGAUGCGUCGGCUUGGGAUCUGUUACGUCCUAUAGCCCACAAGGCCACAGCCCGGAACGAAGGCAAACUCACUUCCUGGCUCUCCAUCAACACGGCCGAUGUGCCUCUGCUGAAAUGUACCGCCCUGAAAUACGAUAAGCGCAGCCUCAAGUUUGCCAAAUCUAAGCCUACACCUACAUCCUCGAGAUUCUUCAAGAACACUCGAGAAGUAGAACUGAGGACUCAUCUCGGCUUCGCCUACUGCAGUGGAAAAGUCGCCUGGCAGUGGGAUUCCUACCGUUUCUUCGUUGACGACAUCCGAGCCAUGACAAGGAAGCUUGUUCCACUUCCCGACCUCGUGGUGAAGGGAGACAAGGACUUCAUCGUGCAUACCAUGACGGAGAACCUCUUAAUCCUCGUUGACCAAUAUAGCAUGAGGGCUCUUAUCGUAUACGAUCUUGUCAAGGAACAGCACCGUCGUGUUACACUUCCUAGGCACAUGACGGAUCUACAAGCCCAUAAAGAUACGUUCGUCGUCAUUUUCAACUCCGACUAUUACCAUGGCGAGGAUGAAGCUGUGCCAACCCCGCCUCAUGUCUGGACCUGGUCUACUGGACUUGUCAAGCUUCAGGUUCCUAUUUCUCCUGCAGCCCAUGAACGGCACGGCACCGGCUUUCCAUGGGAGGAGCAUGUAUGCCGAGGCGUGGAUGUAAACAACGGUUUCAUCUUUCACCCAACAAACCCUCACGUUCUCUACUUCGUCAGUUUUGAGGAAAUUGAUACCGACUCAUAUCAAUAUGUCAGCCUUGAACUCCUUGUCGAGGUUCACAAAUUCGAAGACAUGAAGUUUGUCAAAACUUUCCCAUACAAACUCACCCGAAAGUACAAGAUGCAAAAUGUGCCACGCUUUGCAACACAUUGCCGACCAAUGAAUUCCUAUGGACUUUUCAACAUUGGCAACAUAUACAGGUCGACUUCGAAGAGUCUCACCACAGUCAAGAGCGAGCUGUCCGGAAAAGAGGCUGUAAGGACGCCCAGUCUUCCCGUGAGAAGCAUCAACUUCAACACAGUGACGGAGUCAUUCAUUGUAGAAAAGAGGGUCCUGAACGGCAUGCGGAGACCGAUCUGGGAUUUUGGUAGUCGUGAUCCAUCACAGACUGGCGGCAUCUUGUGGAACGACUCGAUCUAUUACAUUCAGAACAAAUCGCCCAUCUACCCGGGCGACAACAAGUCUCGAUGGAGGCAUGAAUUCGAGGGCAACGGCCAAAGAUCAAUCUGCAUCGCCAACAAGUCAUCAACGGUUGUCCUGGAAACCAACAACCCUUGGUUCACUGGGUCGGAGGCAUUCCGGACCAUUGCGGUGGAUGAUGACUUCGUGGUCGGCCUCUCCUCACGGAGUUACGUCGUGUACAACUUUGGCGACUCAAGUCUGAAAGGAGGGCCUUGGUGCGAACCCCAUAACGUGCGGCUUUACAUGGACAACAAGGACACGAAAUGUCCCGUUUGGGGUUGCCCGGGGCCGAACAAGUCCAGCACAUGCCAGGUCUGUAGUGAUGACAUCGUUGAUACCGUCAACAUGUAUGAGUCGUCGGACGAAGCCGAAACCUACCAUCAUUAUUACGGCGACGGCACCUCGGAUUCCGACGAUGACGAUGCGGGCUUUGGCCAGGCCAGUUCCAAUCUCUUUCCACGAGGUUUACGCUGGAUGUGA